AUGUGGAUCAACGAAAGUGUCAUUUGUGCCGCCUAUACUUACAAGUGGGGCAUCGCACUGCCAGUAUGGUGGGCAUCCGGCCUAUCCUUCCAAAUCGCCUUGAUGGCUCUCCUUGGUAUCGUCGCAAAACUGCGUGUCCCUUACGCACAUACCUCGCUGGAGUUCAUACGUAUGAGAUAUGGCAAAUAUGCUCAUAUGAUAUUCAUUAUUUUAAAUCUUGUCAACAACAUCUUCGGAUGCGGUAGUAUGAUAUUGGCCGGUGCUCAGCUGGUCACUGGUAUGACUGGGGUGCAUGUCAUUGCAGCUUGCAUCUUGAUCCCUGCUGGUGGUAAGUCAAUUUAUUCGAGAUAG